GAGAAGCUGUCAUGAGAUUGUGAUAGCUGCGGGAAGUGUCACGGAAAUGUCAAUGUGGAUAUUGGUGAAAACACUGUGAUAAAAUGGCGCAUUUUGCUAAAGAUGUGGAUAACUUCAGCGCUGCUCGAACUGUGAAGAUUGUUGGGUCAGAGAACAUCGAAAAUUACACUCUUUACUUGAUUGAGUUGACUGUUGGGCCAUACAGCUGGACUGUGCGCCACAGAUAUAGUGACUUCCAUGACUUGCACGAAAAGCUGGUAUCCUCAUGCAAAUUGGAGAGGAACCUUCUGCCCCCCAAGAAACUGUUCGGGAACCAAUCUGAAGCCUUCAUAAAGAGGCGGCUUGGGGAUCUGGAAACCUACCUACAAACCAUCAUGUAUUUCCUGGUGAACAGGCUGCCACCACCACUUGCUGCUUUCUUGGAUUUUAACAAAUAUGAGAUACAUGGAGUCACUCAUGCCCUGGCCGAGGAACUUUACAACAAAGGAGACCUGAUUCUGCAAGCUAAAGAUACAUUCCAGAUGAGCCCACUUCAGCUUUAUUCCUUAACAGAGAGGCUUAAACUACCUGAGCCCACGUGUGAUUCAGGAGAUUUGAAGAAAGACAUUGGCCAUAUUUUGGAUUUCAUAACCCGGUUAAAAUAUUUAAAGAUUGUUGGCACCCGGGAUCCUGUGGGAACUAGUAACAUUGAUAUGAACCAACUGAAGUUUGAUCUUACGCUGUUCAAGUCUCUUCAAUCCCUUGAAAUGCUGAAUUGCAAUGUGCUGAUGAUCCAGGGUUUGGAAACAGUGAAGCAGACUUUAUGCAGAUGUGAAGUUCACCAUUCAGUGCGAGCAGUCAGGGACAUCUUGCUGCAGGAGCUGCCCCACUGGAGAGCAGAGGAUGGUGCCAUGUUAAUCAGCCCAUGGGAGAAACUCAUUGCAGCUGACUUCAGUCAUAAUAAUAUUAUAGAGAUUGAUGACAGCGUGCAACUGCUGCAGCAUGUGGAAUUCCUUGAUCUCAGUCACAAUGUGAUAGAGGCCAUUAACCACAUCCAGUGGUUAAGUCAGCUGAGACAUCUUAACCUAUCUCACAACUCCAUACGACAACUGGAUGCUCUGCACACCAAGCUGGGCAAUCUCAAAACUCUCAACUUAUCAGGAAACAAGCUGGAGAGUCUUCAUGGUUUUUCCAAGCUGUUUUCUUUGGAAGUUUUGAAUGUCAGCAAUAAUGAUAUAUCACAGAUUGGAGAAGUACGUUUCAUAAAUAACCUGCCAUGUUUGGAGAGCGUGUUAUUGCUUGGAAACCCUGUGACCAUUGUGCCUGACUAUAGGAACAAGGUUCUUGAGAUUUUUGGGGACAGAGCCAGUGAGGUCUCCUUGGACAACAGGCGAGCCACGCAGAAGGAGCUAGACACAGUAGCUGUCCUACAGGCUAUACAGAAAGCCAGAGAUGGCAAGGAUAGGCACAAACUAACAGGAGCAAGAAAGGCUGUGGUGACAGAGGUACCAGUGGUCGAGCCAGGCCCCAGUCCGCAGAUGUCAUCUUCUCAUGACUCAACCACAGCAGUGAUAGGGUGGAGUGUCACAGAUGCACAGAACUUCAGCAGUGACCCAGACAUUUUCCGUCUGCAGAUAGAGGCAGUACGCGAGCAGGGGGGAGAGGCAUGGCUUUCUUUGCUUAACGAACUUCAAACCAGCAACUCCCACAGGCACCAGGUGCGUGAGCUGCUGUCUGCCCUCUCUUCACCUGGGUCAUCUGAUGGUCAAACUGUAUCGCCCAUAGAUAACCCCCCUUCAUUGCCCCCUGAGGACUCCGGCUCUACUUCCUGCAGUCCUGGCUAUGUCCUUCGUGGAUCAUCAUCAGCGGACACUUCAACCGCCGAACCCAACAAAAGAGCCAAGUCCUUGAGUUCAGCAGACGAAGGGUUUACGAGACGAUUCAUUGACCAGGAGAAAUUGCCUGGGACUGAUGAUGCUGAGUUUGUGACAACCUUGCAAAGUCAGCUGCUCUCAGUGGAGCUGAUGUUUGAUGACGGCAGAGAAGACGUGGAAGGAAUUCGGCAGAUUCUGUGGUGUUAUGCAAUCCAGUUCUCACGGCCGCUUGAUAAGCAGGUGGCCUGUGUUGCACUGACAGACCGCCAUGUCUUUGUCCAAAGGUUGAAGGGAAUGACCGGGAAGAUCAAUGCUAGUGGGGCCUCAACGACUUCUGAAACAGAGACAUUCUACAUAAUGCCUUUGUUCAACAUCCAGAAAGUGGUCCUUGGCCGUGAAUGGACUUGUGUAAGGCUAGAAGAGGCAUUUGUCGGCGCAAAUGGAACCUUCACCCUCAUUGGGCUGGAUCCAGAGGGUGUGAAGCGGUUUGUAACAACGCUACAGUCUUUAUAUCAAGGAGCCAUACGGUCAGGUGAUGGCCUAGAACAGCCAGACCUACUGGACUUGUCGGACAGUGAUCUCCUAAAAACUGCCAUUUCUAACACGGAGAAAACACCUGACCCAAAAGAUGUUGACAUCAUCUUCUCUUCGAUGGUGUUUGUGAACAGUCAGCCGUCUUGUCUUGUGUUGACAGACCACACCUUUUAUGUGUUCUCAGAUAAUUGUGUUAGGUACCCUCCUCCAACCUUUGAAGUCACAGAAUCGACAUCUGAACAGUAUGAGUUAGUUCAUCGCUUCCCAGUCAUGACAAAGAUAGGGACCAUGGAAUUAUUUAACUCUUCUGGAAAAGGUCUCCUUGAUAAGACUUGCUACACUUCUGUAGCUAAAAAGACAGAUUCGGUGCAGUAUGAACAUUAUGGCAUUUCACUCUCGUUGGACUUAGAUGACGGCUGUUUACAAACAGUAGAGAUCAUAUUUUUAACAUCUAGGAGCAGAGAUGAGUUCUUGGAAAAGUUGACACAGCUUCGUUUUGACAAUGCACAGAAGAUGUCACCUACCCAUCGUGGCGAGCCAGAGGGUGGGAACGAAACCAGUGAGACAGAUUCUUCUGAGGAGCCCAGGGACAACCAGGAAGGGAGCAGUGUGAAGAUUGUGCUUCACCAUGCUCAGCCAGAACCGGCUGCUGUGGUAGCCCAGGAAGAUCACGGGAGUACAGUGGAAAGAAAGCCUUCACGAAGCUUCACAACAUUAGAGUUGGGGUACCCAGGAGCAAGACUGGUCUCUCACCUGACAGGCUGUGUUAGCAGAUACUCUCUGGUCUGUCCUAUCCCAGCUAAACUUCAUUUUCUUGUUGACAUGACAGGUAGAGAAUUAGUCACCUACUUUCACAGCAAUAUAGCAGAGAUAGGCUUUGACCAAGAAGAACUUCGCCAUGUAGCUUGGGCACACGUGGUUCCGUACCGCAACCCAAGGCAAGAAAUUCUCUCACUGCUGCUGCUCACGACCCGUGGAGUAUACAUGCUUUCUGAUGACCACAUUCGUGAACCCCGUACCCGCCCAUCCUGGAUGACACAUACCAGACACAAGUCAGACUCGGUUAUCAGCAGGCACCUGCACCAAAGAGACCACCAUCACACCAGCGGCAUUCUCCACACAGGCAGUGAACUCUCUAACAUUCCAAAGCCCUUCAAAAUACUGCACUUGUGUGACAUAAAGCUGGUUAAUGUUGGUCUCUUUGACCAGUACUUUCGGUUGACAGGACACAGCGAGGAGAAUGUGUUCACUGUGCUUACCAGAGACUGUUACAAAACGGAGGAAUUUAUCAAACAGCUGACUCAGGUUCUCUUUGUGUCUGGGUCUCCCACACCAGACGUGGCAGAUGAGCCUGAUUUCUAUAGGGCAUUUUCUCAGAGAACCAAGUCUACCAUAGAGGGCUUGGAGUAUACUCUUCCGAGCAAGGUGAAGUUCUGCUACCCAGGUGAGGAAUCACUCUCAGACAUGACCUACCUGAUUAAUGACACCUUGGGGAGUCUCAGCAGCAAACCCAGGCUACACAUGUCUGGAUUUACCUUCUGGGCUAUGUCUACAUGGGCACUCUCAGGAGAUGUUCAGAGCCAGGCACAACCCAGGGGAAUCAUUCUGAGCAACAAGCACAUCUGCCUAAUCAUCGAGGAUCUAGUGAGCUACCCCCUGCCAGAGUUUGUCCAGGGUUUACCUGAGCGUCCAAGGCAGGAAGUGGUGGAAGGACGUAAAGUGGAGUACUUGAAGGAAGUGACCAUAUACAAGGGGCAUAGGCUCUCUCUGUUGUUUUCAGAUGAGUCUGAGGAAAUCACAGUGGACACGUCGUUCGAACAUUAUGGAGUAGAUAGAGCUGUGAAAGGUAGGGAAUCUCCACCACAGAUUAUAUGGACAUUGUUUAUUCAGAGUAUCCGUGAGAAAGAAAAGUUUGUACAGCUGCUAGCCCGUCAGUGGAGUGAGACCCAUGAUGGCAUAACUCUGCCCAUCAACACUUUGACAUAACCAGAGUAGCUCACAGAGAUGAUUGGUCAGUGAUAGUUACAUGUUGUCACUUAACACAGAAAUUUGGCCAGUUACAUGUUGUUGUUUGGAACUAUCAGAUGACAGAGAAGUUUAGACCAAGAUAGGUACAUGCUGUUGUUUGGCAGUGUAACAUGACAGAGAAAUUUGACCAUCAUAGUUACAUCUUGUCCUGUGACACUGUCACAUGAUAGUUACAUCUCUCUUGACACUGUCACAUGAUAGUUAUAUCUUCUAUCACAUGAUAGUUACAUCUUCUCCCUUGGCAUUGUCAUGUGACAGAGAAGUUUGGCCCAUGACAGUUACAACUUCUUCCUUGGCACUAUCACAUGAUAGUUACAUCUUGUCCCUUGAUACUAUCACAUGAUACAUGUAGUUGCAUCUCCUCCCUUGACACUGUCACAUGAUAGUUACAUCUCCUCCCUUGGCACUGUCACAUGAUAGUUACAUCUCCUCCCUUGACACUGUCACAUGAUAGUUACAUCUCCUCCCUUGACACUGUCACAUGAUAGUUACAUCUCCCUUGACACUGUCACAUGAUAGUUACAUCUCCUCCCUUGGCACUGUCACGUGAUAGUUACAUCUCCUCCCUUAGCACUGUCACAUGAUAGUUACAUCUCCUCCCUUGAUAUUAUCACAUGAUAGUUACAUCUUCUCCCUUGGCACUGUCAUAUGACAAAGAAGUUUGGGCCAGGAUAGGUACAUGUUGUUGUUUUUGCACUGAGACAGGGUAAUGUCUGUUACAAUACAUGUAUAUACUCAGUGAAUGCUCUAAUUCAACACGUAGAUUCAAAAACAUGUAGAUUUUCUCUUUGCAGCAUUUGUAUUACCUUACUGGUAAUGAAAAAAUAAAGUGAGACACACGACAGCCAAAUGUUGUCCAAAAUGGUAUGAGAAGGAAAGUGUUCUGCAUGAGACACAGAGCAGCCAUAUAUUUCCCCCACUAAUAGCCACAAUAGUGUAAAGCUUUGCCCAACUGGUUGUGACAAGAAAGUUGAGACAUGAACAGAUGGCAGCCUUUAUUGCUCCUGACAUUAUGGAAAACAUUUACAUGUAUACAUACACAUAAAGUUAUUAAACCCAUGACCCCAUUUCCGUCACUUGGUACCUUUAUGGUACCACAAUUAUUGAGGUGUGAGACACAUGACAGCUUAAUAUUCCAUACUCUGGGUAUGAUAAGGAUGUUGCUGAACAUUGAUUUACCCUACCAGACAUUGGUAUGCCCUACCAAGACAUUGAUAUACCCUAACAGACAUUGAUUUACCCUAUCAAGACGUUGAUAUACCCUAAUAGACAUUGAUUUACCCUACCAAGACGUUGAUUUACUAUACCAGACAUUGAUAUACUCUACAAGACAUUGCCACUCCCUACCAACAUUGAUAUACCCUAUCAAGACAUUGAUUUACCCUACCAGACAUUGAUUUACCCUACCAGACAUUGAUAUACCCUACCAGUCAUUGAUUUACCCUACCAACAUUAAU